UGUGUGUGUGUGUGUGUGUGUGUGUGUUGCUGCUGGAUUGCAUGCAUUCAUGUGGGCUGAAGACAAGAUUUUUGUGAAAAGGUGUACCUGGUGGAUAAAAAGUCACAAAUGGUGGAUAACACACCAGAUGUGAGAGUAAGAAUAUAGCAGACAUUUGAAAGAAAAUGCAUCCCUUUGGGCUAUAAACCAUUGUCUCCCAUAUCACUCCCAGGUUCCUCUCAAAUUAAGCUGUGCUUUCAACUUUUAAUAUUUUUUUGUUUUCUGUUUAAAUCUGUGUCCUCCUCUACCUCACCAUCUCCAUAUAUUCUGUGGGUCUUGAAAUUGCUCCCCUUGGCUGGUUUUGGCAGACAGAAAGAAAAGGAGUAAGGGGAGGGGGAGGCCAAAGCGAUUAUGAUACUUGGGGUGUGCUUUAACCCACUUAGCACACCAUCCCAGGGUCUCCUGCCAAAACGGUGAGCUUAGUGCUUUAAAUCCUCUUCCCAGAGAGAGCUGAUGGUUUGCUUGCAGCUGCUCUUUGUCUUGAUGCCUAUAAAUUUAUUUCUGCAAGAUUUUUUUAUGAUUUAUGAUUAUUUGUUUUUGUGGGACUUUUUCUGUCUUGUGAGUAGAUGUAGUUAAAAGCAGAUCUUGAAGUGAGUUUUUGAGGGCUGUGUACAUAAGCUGUUUACGGUCAUAAACACAGCGGUGAAGUAGCCCUGCUGUGGUUUGAAGUGAGAAUAUGGCAGGAGGGCAUGUUUAUACCCCACCCCCAGACUAGUUUUAGCUGGGGUAGCCUCUGCCCCAGGGGUCUGACUACAGUCUAGUUUGAGCCUCAGAAAGUUCAUCCUCUCCCAGCUUACCAUCAACAUAAUAUGCCCAGUUAUACCCCCCCCCCUUACACACACACACACACACACACUCUGCUGCACUCCCUUUCUUAAUAAAACAGGCUCAUAAGACCACGUUCCGUAAAUUCUUCAUGAGAAGGCGUCUGUUUUUUUACACGCAUGGAUGAGUUGCAUUGAGAAAUGUAGAGCAGAACAUUAAUGAAGGGAAACUGUGUUUUCUGAACAUUUCAUCUUUUUGUUUUUGUUUCACCUAGAAUGCAUUUAAAGCAUGGUAGACUUCCAGACAGCAUUGAGGGAGGUUUUCUUACACAUUCCAGUAAAGAUGUGAUUUGAAUUUGGGUUUAGGGCAGAAACAAGUGAAGGCUGACACUGCUGGGGGGGAAGGUAGUGUGGUGUUUGAGCAGCAGCCCUGUCAUUGUAGUUUUAUGUCUGGACUCCUCCCCUUAGCCCCAAUUUUUGUCUUUGAGCACAGAAGAUUCAUAGGCAGAAUUGGGGUCAGUCAUGUUUUCACAUUUGGGGCUCUGUACAUUGGUGAUCUUCUCAGUCCUUACCAGUGUUGGGAGUAACGGCGUUUAAGUAUAACGGCAUUACUAACGGCAUUCUUUUUUAGGUAACGGAAUAAUCUAAUUAAUUACUUUGGCACUGUUGCAACGCCGUUACCGUUACUGGGGAUGGAAGGUUGUGCGUUACUAUGUGCUUGUCGAACGUUGAGCAACAGUGUGAGGCUUUCUGACCACCACACUUCAGCUGCAGCCAGGAAGAGAGAAGUGUCGGUAACACACUUACAAACACAAUGAUGAUUGGCCGGGUGGGCGGAGACCCUCAGUGUUCUCACUGUCUCAGUCACUGCCUGCUGUAGACACAACAGAGCAGUGAUGGGAAUAACGCAGUUUAAAAUAACCGCGUUACAAAAAAAAUUUUUUUGUCAGUAACGAGCAAACUAAUUACCGUUUUCUUUUAUCAAAGAAAAUGCGUGCAUUAAGCAGCGCGGUGUGUUGAAGCUGUCAUCAGCUGAUCAGGAGCUAAAGAGGUAGAUGUUUUCAUCCAAGCGCAUCAAGAACGAGGAAGAUGUGAUGAAUACUCUACGGAUGCAGGUGUGGAUCUGCAGCCAUGCCCUUCUUAGCAUGGCAGCGGGACAUGCCGAAGGUCCGCUCAUCUGUUCACCCCUCAGACGUCCUGAUCUUCUACCUUCCUAGAUCAUCCAGCUGUAACCUGUUCCUGAUCAUGUUUAGUCCCGCUGUGACACUGAUGCAUCAGUCUCAGGCGUCAUGGAGCUCAGGUGUUAUUAGAACUACCUGUGUGUCUUUACCACCCAGCUUCAGCUCUUUUGUGUUUGGGUCUGACCCAAGUUAGUACAUUUAAGUCCUCCAUCAGAUUUGUGCCUGUUCUAGUGUCAUUUUAAAGGAUUUUUAUUUAUUUAACCAUUACUAGAUUAGCAGCAACAGAAAUGCUACUAAAACACAUAAUUAUGUGAAGCUGGAAAAAUUAAAAUACUGUGCAAAAUUACAUUUAUUUCUGUAAUUUAACUAGAAUGAGAGACCAUUUAAAGGCUCAGGAAACUUUACAGGUGUUUCUAUUUGCAAUUUUAAAUUUUAGCCGAUUGGGGUCUUGUUAAAUAUAGUCUAGAUUAGUGUAAUGUUCCUGUUAGUAGUUCCUCCUGUUAAGUGCUUAUUUAUUUAAAUUAUUCAGGUUUCUAAAAAACAUUUGGACAUACAUUUUAUUAUGUUCCAGUCAUUAGUCAUUUAUAUUUCACUAUUGUAGUAAUUUAUAGUAAAUUAAGUAAGUUUAAUUAAGAGGGGAACCUUUUUUUCUUGCAUUCUUUAAUGAAAAAAGUAAGUAGUUAUUUUUCUUGGUAAUUAGUUACUUUUAUAAUCUCGUAACUCAGUAACUGAGUUACUUUUUUGACAAAGUAAUCAGUAACUAUAACUAAUUACUUUUUAAAAGUAACAUUCCCAACACUGGUCCUUACACCCCCAACAGGUCCCUGAGAUCCAGUGACCAAAGCCUACUGGUUGUGCAGCGCACCAGGCUAAAGACCAAAGGUGACAGAUCAUUUGCUGCUGUGGCCCCCAGACUCUGGAACUCUCUCCUCCUGAGCCUGAGAUCAUUGGACUCAGUGGUCUCCUUUAAAAAGCAGCUGAAAACUCACCUGUUCAGGCUGGCUUUUGCGUGACCUUUGUCUCCAUCCUCUCCUUAUCCGCCUUUUCCAGGAUCCACUUAUUUCCCUCUUUCCUAUUCAUUUUAUCUCCCCCUUUCCUUACAUUUUUUCUUUUCCCCUUUGAAACAUAAUUUUAAAAAUUUUUGAAAUAUUUGUAUACUUACAUUUUUUUUGUUUUUGUGAAGCUCAUUGUGAAUUUUAUCUUGAGAGGCGCUAUGUAAAAGAUUGUCGUCUUCUGUCCCUUCUGUCGUCCACCCAGUAUUUUAUCUCAUAUCGGCCAUCUCAUUCCAAAAUUUUCCUUGGAUUUCUUUACCUUUCCACUUUUCUUAAUGUCUCCCCAUUUUGUGCUUUUGCUCUGAGUAAUUUCCAUGUGUGACAGUAUUAUAAUUAACAAAGGGUGAUGCUGGCAUUCAAAGGCAGAGCUGUCUCAGAUAAUCUCUGUAGAAGAGAGUGAAAGGCAACAAACUUGGAUUUUUAUUCAGCAUAUCAAGAAAGGAAGAAAUAAAAUAAAUGAUGUAUGGGAACUAAUUUGGAGUUGAGCGUUGUGCAGCCUUUAAUUUGUUGAAGUUUUGGUCAAAUCUAAUCUGCUUAGCCUGGGCAAAUCUCCACUUUCUUUAGUGUAGUGGUGAAUUGAUGGUGAUGGCACUUGGUCCAAUGCUGCAAAGAUUUUCUAACGAGUUCAUUCAGUUGUUCAGACAAGUGCCAGAUUAACCGUUUGCAUGCAUCAAAGUCUGUCUCUUUAAUGUACAUUUCAUGAAAAAGACAAUAUCUGGUUUUGCAGUGCUUUGUCCAGUUCAUGCACACCAGGCUACUGGUUGGCUGAAGGAAAGCAGUUGAAAGCAACUUUUAGCAAAUUCUAGAACCAAUUCUCCAUCUUAAAAAAGCAGCCCUGAUCUCAGACCAUAAGGCAGAGCUUAAAGAGGGUUUGGCGAGGCCUUGCACAUUUUGGCUGGUUAAACAGAUGGCCCAGCACAGGUCAUGGUGCCGAAGAGAGGGACCUUACAGACAGCCUUUUAACCAUCUGGACUCCAAGUAAUGCAGGGUUAUUUGUCUGCUUUUACCUCAAUUUACUGGUACAUUAAUUGAUCUCUGCUGGUGAAUUAUGUUUGUUGUCUUGACAGUUCUCAGUUUGAAGAUGUAUGGAUGACCUUAAUGCUCACACAAGCAGACAAUCAAUCCUUAAAUUGAUGGCUGGACUCUGAAAGAAAAUUAAAUUAUUGGAUAGAGGACAAAUAGAGAAUUUGUUCCUAAGGAGUGAUUAAUAUCGAAUCACUGUGACAGUUUAAUACAAUCUGUGAGCAAGCAGGUUAGUAAGGAAUACAACUAAAUGACGAGACCUAGAAGUCACAGCACCUGGUUAAGAAAUAUUGAAAAAUAAUUAAACUGAUUUGUUGUUAAGUUGGCUAAAAAAGAAAUUGUUUUAAACCUUGGUAUUCAGAAGUUCUACCAGGGUAGAAACAAACAAGCUGGAGCCGUGGGUUGCAAAUAUCUAUUCAUUCAACUUUGGCGAGUUACACUUGGUGCUUUUUCCUUAAAUGUUUGACUAAUCCUUUAAGGAAGUGUUUGUCUUUAUCUAUCGGCCUGCAGGAUUUUUUAUGGCAUCUUUCGGGUUCGGCUUUGUUAGUAAGUAUACAUCUACAAAGGGGAGGAGAGAUAGCAGGUUUUAAUCCUGUUGGUUGAAGCUUAUCAGAAUCUAUGAUCUACUUUUGACUACUGUCUGGGUCAUUGCUUUGACCUUUCUCACAACUGACAACGGUAAUUCCUUUUUUAAAGAAAUGUGGAACUAACAGUUUUCACCCAGAACAAAUGUGUGAUCUCAGUAGUUUUAGGGCAUUAAUAGAGCUCUGGACGUCACGUGACUCUCAGAGUAGAAGCCAUGUUGGCAGGCAACAAAUGUAAACAAAAUGAACGGGAUCGGCUUGGAUUUUACUUCGUUGGAGAUUACUUCACACUUUAAAACCGAAUAAAUCGUUUUAAAUAGUCAAAAAUUAAAUAGACUAAACAUCUCUGACCCUUAUCGUGCCCCUGGGAUACUUUUUAAAAACGCCAGAAGCUGUCGGAGCGGACUUCUUACCGGACCUGGCCGGGGAACCCCUUGGGAUUCCCCCGGAGGAGCUGGCCCAAGUGGCUGGGGAGAGGGAAGUCUGGGCCUCUCGACGCUACUGCCCCCGCAACCCGACUCCGGAUAAGCGGAUGAAAAUGGAUGGAUGGAUGGAUGGAUGGACAAAUAACAUAGAUUUACUUGUAAGUAGUUUAAAUAGAGUGCUGUGCUGUUUGAAUGUAUAAACUAAACGCCAAGAGAAAUCACUAGUUUGAUUUUUUUUCCGUGAAAAAAAUAAAUAUGUCAGGCAGGAGCGUCUCAGGAUCUGUCUGAGAUCUGUCUCGGUGAGACAGAUAAUAGCAGUCCAAAGUGCUUUUUAUGAGUGAUCUGACAAUUGAUUAACCAUUGCUUAAAAUGAAAUACAGCUUAGCCAGUUAAUUGCUAUGAUCAUAAGACACGUAAACGGCAGCAUGCAGAACUCACGAGGCAACGUUUUACGUGACGUUUACUUGUUGCUAUGAGUAAUAAGACAGAAAAAGCCACGCCAAAAUAAGUUUAGGAAGCCCACUAAGAAUCGUAAUAAAAACAUUUAAAAUAAAUAUACACAAUUGAGGAAACGUUGGUUUAAGUACCUGAUAUGAAGUGGUCACUGCAUAAGCGAAAACCUUUACUCUCGGGAUCCCACAGUUUCAUUUUAGCACGGUCACUAGCACGUUUUAUUACAAUGAUCCAACGUUUGCGACGCUCCAGAUCUUGGGGAAUCCUGUAGAUGGCUCAUUCCUGGCUCAUUCCUUAUGUCGUCGCGUCUGUUCUGCAUCCUGGGGCACAACAGGAAUCUACCAUAUUUCCCGUUUGAUUGAGUUUUCUGACAAUAACAAAUAGUCCAGCUGCGGGCUUCUGCCUGCCAAUAUGGCGCUGUUUCGAUUUGAACUGUUGCAUGCCGGGAGAAGUGACGUCAACUCCCGGAGCUUUAUAGGCUGAAAUGGCUUGAGUGGUUUUGGUUCACAUUUUGCAGUGAUUUGAGUUGCAGUCCAUCGAGCAUGCUGGUAGGGACAAAGAAAGCCAUCAGUCAAUAUUUGACUGUUGGUGCUUAGCAACUGGCAAGGGAAGCAAUUAAAGUACUCAAGAGAAAUGUUUAGCUGUCCAACGACAGGCUGGAUAGAAGUAAAACAUUUCUCUACUUCUGCAGCUGCCCACCAGUGAGAAUGAUCUGCACCUGUUCUCCAUGUUUUCCAGGUCUGAUUUUAGAAAAAGCAUCAAGAGAAACCACAGUACUGAGUGGUUAGUGGGUGGCUGCAGCAAGAGUUUCAUCAGAUGCUCGGAUGUACUGAAAUUGUGUUUCUGUGUGCUACUUUAGCUUAACCAUUUGCCUCAUGAGUUUCUGUUGUGAUGCAUCGUAUGCAAACAGCUUGGACUCAGGCUACCCUGUGUGAACUGGUCACUCUGUGGUGUUUAUCACCUUUCUCACUAUGUCCAUCUGGCAGCAAAACAUGACAAACAGCACCAUACAGGUGGGAGGAGAAGCCAUGAUCUACAAAAAGACAUAAAAAUAAAAACAGUAAAUGAAAAGGCCGGAACAAAAAGUGAAAACAAGGGAAAGAUUAAACAUUGAGAUACCAAUGAGCUGAAAAAUGUGUAAUUUGAGGGCUAAAGCACAGGGCCUGAAAUUCACUGCGGGAUUGCGGGUAUUGCGCGUUAUAUAGUUGCUUCUCGCAAAUCCAGUUUUAUAAUGCGGGAAAGUCCCGCACAGCCUGCAGCGAAUGUGGACGUUUGUAUCGGAGCCAUUAAAAUCCCACAACAUCGAACCCGUUCUUCAUCUUGGUGAUUGGCGGCGCGCUGGAUUUUUUUUUCUCUCCACUUAUCAAAAUACGAGCUCAGUCCCUUGCUAGCAGCAAAGCAGUGCUUCGGUUGGCGGAUUUAACGCCUGCAUGCAGACAUGGACCGCUGGUUAAAACGGAAAUCUAACAACGAAGGGGAACCUGCUCCCAAAAAAACUGUACAAGAAAUCCCCAGCACGGAAGGCAGCGAGGGAGGAGGCGUUGGAGGCAGGGCGGGUGGCAGCGCCGAUUCCAGCGAUGCUGUGAAUGAGACGGAUCCUCCGGACUUUCAAAAAGGUAGUGCCACUGAACGUAACGUUAGCAAGCAGCCUAAAGAUAAGUUUCAGGCUAACUGGCUCAGACUGUAUCCCUGGCUUGAAAAUAACAAUGGUGAAAUGAACUGCUCCAUUUGUAAGAUGUACGGCGCUGUGCCUUUUGCAAGUCGAUGCUACAAAACAUCAACUUUACGUCGUCACGCUGAUGGUGUGUCUCACACUGCAGCAAUAAAAAGAAAACGUGAGGCGGAUUCAGCUAAAAGUGUAAUGACCAAAGCUAUCGAAGAUGCACAUUUACAGUCUGCUGCAGAAAUGAAGGGGCUCCUGAAAACUGCAUAUUUUAUUGCAAAAAAUGAAAUGGCAAAAGCUAAAUUUUGCCAUGUGGUUAAAUUCCUGAAAGAAAUGGAGUGUCCUGCUUUCAAAAAACUUACAGAAACAUCAAGCUAUGGUAGCUACAUCAAUGAAAAAGGACUGUCAGAAAUGCAGCAAGCUAUUGCAAGCACACUUGUGGAAGAUAUUGACAAAGCUGUUGAAAGAAGUCCCGUGUUUUCAUUAAUAUUGGAUGAAUCUACUGACAUUAGUAACACCAAACGACUGAUUAUCUAUGUCAGGUUCAUAGAUGACAACAACGUCAAAACAAAACUGAUAAGGAAUUCUGAAAUUGCUGAUGGAAGAGCAGACACUAUUGUUGAAGAUGUAAAACAGCUAUUGACAGAAAAAAAACUGGAUGGAAAAAAACUUGCUGCAGUUUGCACUGAUGGAGCUGCUGUAAUGACAGGAUGCAGACAAGGAGUUAUUAAAAAGCUCAGAGAGCUAUACAAUCCAGACCUGGUAGGAAUCCACUGUACGGCUCAUCGUCUCGCACUUGCUGCCAGUGAUGCAGCCAACUCUGUGCCACAGGUGAAACGGUUUCAGCAGGAUUUGAGAUCAAUUUUUAUUUUUUUCAGUAAUUCUGCUGUCAGAAGCAACAAGCUGCAUGAAUUGCAGAAACAGCUGGAUGAACCCCAACUGAAGUUCACCCAGCCGCAUGCAGUAAGGUGGCUGUCAAUUCACAAUGCAGUGUCGGUAGUGUGUAGAUCACUGAAAUCCCUGAGAGAUGUCCUGGAGCACAUGGCUUCCUCUAAUGCACAAGAUGCUGACAAAGCUAAAGGUCUGCUACUAGCUGUGAGACAGUUUAACUUUGUGGCUCUUUGUCACAUGAUGAAGGACGUACUGAUGCAUGUAGUCCUUCUCUCAAAACAUUUUCAAAGAGAAGAUCUGGACUUCUCCACAGCACAGCCAAUGGUUGAAAGUACCAAAGAAGCCCUGAAGGAAAUAAUCGUCCACCCUGGCCCUGCAGAAACUGAAUUCUUCAGCUCUCUUGAUGGAAACAAGUUUAAAGGAGACAAAAUUUUUGACUGCCACACCCAAAAACCAGCCUUUGAUGACAUGAAGAGCAGGUACGUGGGAUCUUUAAUAACAGAGAUUGAGAGAAGAUUCCCCUGUGAGACACUGGAUGUUCUGUCAUGGUUUACGAUUUUGGAGCCAAAAAAAGCCAUUAUGGCAAAAAAGUCCGAUAACUUUUCUCAUUAUGGCCUUGAAAAACUCGACAACCUUCUUGCACACUUCUCAAACUAUGUAAGUGCAGUGGAUGGACGCUCGGAGUUUGCCUUGCUGAAGCAAACUAUGGUUUCCAGUGACUCGUACGCCUCAUUGACCUUCCAGCAGUUUGCAGAGGCUGUUUUGAGUGACCAUCGGGGUGUGUUCACUGAAAUGGAGAAGCUCAUUAAGAUCGCUUUAGUCAUCCCAAUUGCCAGUGUGUCAUGUGAACGCGGAUUCAGCACACAAAACAGGAUAAAAACAAGAUUCAGAAAUUCUCUGAAUAACGCAAACCUCACCAAUCUGAUGCUGAUUUCAGAGCUUGGCCCUCCGCAAGAGCAGUUUGAUUUCAACAGAGCUUUCAUCAAAUGGAAAGAGAUGAAGCAGAGGAGACAGAAGACAGAGAGGACAGAGGACCAAGCGGAGCGUGGGAGAACCCCGCUCCAAAACUAAUUAGUACUGUGAGCUAACAGAUACAUUAAUGUACAUAGUUGCAAUCGUGUUUGAUGCCACAUCAACGAAACUGUUUGUGUUAAAAGUUAAGUUAAUGAAAAUUCAUCAGUUUGAGAUAGAGGAAUUCAGAGAAAGAAAUCAGAGUAAGAAGCGAAGAUGGAGACAACAGAUAAAGAAGCACAAACAAGAGCAAAGAUGCAGCCCAGAGAGUUGGACAACAAACUUCAGCAAUGAAAAUUGUUAAGAUAAUUUCUAAUACCAGUGCAGCAAAAAGGAGCAUUUUUAUUUGAUUUUUAUACUUCAAAGUUAUUACAAUGGAGAAAGAUGCAGUGUUAGAGGCCAAGAAAAAGACAACAUUCGGACAAAAGAAAAGAAGGCCACAGAUGCAGCUAUGAGGACCACUAAGCAAGAUUAAAAAAAGUUAAUAAAUGCAUCAAUCUGAGGUAAGAAUACAACAAUGUUAAGGCCUGUUGUUAAUCCCACAAGUAGUUCCUGGAAAGUUUAUAUUUAUUUUUUUAACUUCUGUGUGAGGAAAGAAAUCAGGCAGAGGAGAUGAAACAAAGAAAGGGACAAGAGCAACGAAGAUGAGAAUGCUGCAGGAGUCCAAUGAAAGCUGCUUAUAAACGUGAUGUAAGGUAUGAUUAGUACAACAUAAGACUGCACAUUUGGUAAUCACCCCCCCCCCAUAUAUAUAAAUUCCCCCUGUACAGACAUAUGUGAAGGGGGAAUUCCCCCCUGUUUUUAGAAGUGAAUUUCAGGCCCUGAAGCAUAUCUUUGUGUUACUCUGUUACACAUGUGGCACACAGAAACCGGCCUUUCUCCCAAACCAGAUCCUACAGACAUUUAAAAGCCCCAACAACCAAAGCUGCUUAAAAUUUCCCUCUAUAUAUAAGUUCAUUUGAAAAGAAAGUCAAAAUUUAAGCCCUAGUCUUCCCAUACAAGGUUUAGUGUAAAUACAUUUUCCCAUUCAAGGUUGCAGUUCCAAAUACUAGAGACAAAACAAAAAAGAAAGAAAAAACAAACCUAUGGAAAUGAAAAUUUUGUUUUGGUAAUUUUUUAUUGUUGGGGAUUUUGAACAUUAUUAGUUUUUUUAUCUAAUAUUUGUUCAGUUGUGUCAGAAACUUUAAUCUGCUAUACUACGAAAAUCCCCUGACAAUUAUUCUUAUAGUUUCUGUUUUAAUCAGUCCUUGUGUGUUGCAGGGCAGCAUAUUGCUGAUAUUAGUGCCAAAAGCAAAUUGCUACUCUGUGUUCAGGGAGGUGUGUAGUGACUCAUGCAUUAGUGAAACCCGAUUGCCUGGUUUGCUUCAGAGUCAUCCUUGGUUUGUUUUGCUUUUGCAGUAAAGUUGUGUUUCCUGUUUUGCCCAGGAGUUUGCCCUAAUGGCUGCUUUGCUAGGUGGGGGUUGGGUAUUUUGACUGAAUUUUGUUACGUAGCUUCAUUACAAGUUACAUUACAGACAUGCAGCUACAUGCUUUAAAAGCAAAACACAAUAAAGGAAGUACGUUCAUUGUUCUGAGGAUUACUGUAAACCAGUUUCUUACUGGGCUGGAAUUGUUGUGACUACUAGGAGACGCAGAAUUACAAGAAAAAGUAAAUUUCUAUAUGAAAUCACAAUGAAAUGGUGUGUUGCCCUUACUAAAAGUUUUAGAUCUGGCCUGGUUAUUUUUGGUGCAUCAAUGCUAAUCUUUCUCUUACUAUUUAGUCACCAAGUAUAUUAAUGUUCCUACAAUUUUUUGUGCAAGUUUUCUCAAAUUUCUUGCUCUUUUAGUCACAGAAAAUAAAUUAUGUUUUCUAGAUGAAUGCAUGAUCUAGUGCUUUUCCACUUAGCUGAUUGCAUUUUGCAAGUUUUCUAGUGAAAUUGUAUUUUUUAUGAAAUUUCAAUAAAAAAAACUUGCCUGAGCAGCUUUGAAAACCUGGCUCAUCAUAUUUAGAGGUUCCCCUAUUUCUUCCCUCUCCUCCUUCUGUCCAUGUUUUCCUCUUGUAUUUCCUGUUACACUUUUCCGAGUCUGCCUCUCCUCCACUUUCUCUGAAUGUGUUUCUAUGGCUCAAACCCCAGAAAUCAUCACCAGUUCGACCACAGACCAGAGAAGAGUACACUUUGAGAAAAGUGAAUCAGACUUAAACUGCCAUAUCAAAUCAAACUACUGAUGGGUGUUUUGCUUAUCAGCAGCUAGACAAUAAAAAAGGAAUAAUAUGUCUCACAGUCAAGGGCUCUGGUGUUUGUUGGGGAACCUGUGCAGACUUUGCCAGGCUGUAACUGUGUUUGGCCUUGCUGAUGUGUAAGGGGGAGGAGCAAGAGAGAAUUUGUAAAACUCCCUCUUGUAGCGCUUGGCUGUUGUUGCUGUUCAGCUGCAUCUGUCUGCUGUUGUGGAUUUGGAGGGGUCUUGGUGGAGUUGGCGUAGAUCCAAAUGCUGAUGAAGAGCAGGGUUGGUUGAGGACAACAGAGUGAUAUUUAGGUGGCACGAUAUUCAAAGCAAAGCAGUUUAGCUAUAUUUGCCAUUUGUGUCAUUGCUGCUUAUGUUAUUCUAGCAACAACCGAAAAGCUUAAUUCUAUAAACUUUUAUGUGCCACUGAUUUUUAUUAUUCUCACCAUAAGAUACGGUUGUUGACUGAAUUGUAGUUUAGGGCUGUCGCGGUAACUGCAAAAAUGAAAUAUCGCAAUAUGAAGAAGCCCACCGCGCUGCAUCAUGGGCCACAACGAUUACUGAACUUGGUUCAACUCAAUGAUGCAUGUUGAGAAGGAUGGCUGCACUGGUAUCAAAACGAAACGUUACUUCGCUCCUUUGGGAGCACUUUGGUUUUCAGUACGUCAGCUGCUGCGCAGCCAGAGUCCUUGGCCGAGACAGAGCUGCAGCGGCAAAAAUAAAUUAAUAAAUAAACGCUCGGAGACCUGCUGAAGUCCCGGACAAGCACUGCUUCUGCAACCGCCCCGAAGAGAGUUUGAGCUGAGCUGGAGCUCACUCGCUACCUGCAGGAGGAAUGCAUCCACCCUAAAGAAACCCCCCUGACAUGGUGGAGCAACAACCGGGAGAGAUUCCCUUUGUUCGCCAGUCGUACGCAGGUACGUGUGCGUUAGUGCAACGAGCGCACCAUCCGAGAGGGUUUUCAGUGUUGCUGGAAAUGUUGCCACCCCUCUCAGAUUCUCUCUCAAACCGUAUAUGGUUAACAUGCUGGUUUUCCUUGUGGGUAACAAGGACGUGACCGAGCUAUAAAUCACCGUCAUUCGCGUGUGUGUGAAAGUGAAAUGAUAGUGCGCCCGCCCCCCGGCGCGCGCGCCCGGUACAUGUAAUUUUUUAUGCUUUAUCUUAAACAACUAAACAAAAUGGGGACUUGUUUCUUAUUUGUUAGAUGCUGCAGCCAAAUUUGCAUUUAAAAGUUUAACCUUCUCCUGAAUUUUGUUGUUUUUAAGUUCAGUCGGACUCUGACAGUCGGAGAAACAAACGCUACUGCGAUCUGUGUUGUUACUGCCCUUUGAUCUGCAUUCAGUAAAGUGUUAUUAAAGAAGGCACGGCAAUUUUUAACCUUUUUUAAAUGUGUAAACAUUAUGUUUAGAUAGUACUGCAAUAAAAAAGGGCUGCAGUAAUAUCGCACACCGCAAUAUUAAGCCACCCUGAAUCACCGCAGGGGGAAUUCCUCAACCGCGACAGCCCUAUUGUAGUUGUUUAUUUUUUGCUUUACUUUGUGCACUUGAUGUUUAAAUCUAUUUAUUUAUGGCAUUUACAAUAUAUUACAUGACACAUUUAGGAAUUAGCUAGUGUGGAAGAAGAAGAAGAAAAGAAGAAAAUAUCAUUUCUAUUGCAAUACACAGCGACGUACAGUGAUUAAAGUGGUAGGUGUGGACUAGAUGUGCCCAGUGUUGCAUUAAUGUUCACAAAUGAAGUGAAGGUUUUGAUACAAUCAAUCAUAAACCAAGAAAUUAGAGAUUUGGCCUCAUCUUCAGAUUAAAGACAGACUUUUUUAUUUUAUGUAGAUCACAGACAGUUUUAGCUAUUUACUUUAAUUUAGCAUCCACUGAUUUUCUUAAAAAUAAUUUUUUUUUCACAUUAUGUAGAAAUUAAAUAAAAUUGACAUCCUGUGGUAAAAUUUGGUUACUGCAACCACUUUAAAGAACCCUGGAGCUUUUGGCCGGCCAUCAUCAAAUUACAAUUAUCGGCGCUGCAGUAUUAGCUUGCAAAAGAUUUGACAACCCCACACUCACUGAUGGUAAACAGUAGUUACAUCCCUCCUUCGUUUAGUUUGAAAGGAGAAAAAGCUGACGAUCCCCGCAGCCAGCUGGAUAUGAAAAAUAUUUCAGUAUAACCUUCCUUCCAAAAUGACCAAAACUCUUUUUUUGUUUUGUUGUAAUGUUCUAGAUAUCUGUUUUGGGAUUUUCUCACUAUAAAAUUCUCACUAAAUUCUUCCGUACUGCACCUUUAAUUAUUUUGAAAACCACUGAGUCUGUCAGAAAGACAAAACAGAAUGGUUUGUAGUUAGAUUUGAUCAGUCUGCAGACGGGUAGAAGAAAAUAUGUAGAUUUAAACUAAAUCUGCACGUAGCUUCCAUACUUACGAAACAAAUGCAGCAUGCUUCUACUUUGCUAAAUAGCUAAGGGAUGUGAAAUGCCAGCAUGUAAAUAUACCAGACCCAGGUGUGUAUCCUCUUGAAAAAAUGCAUGGGAGGGACAGUGCUGCUUGCAGUAAUCUUUCUCAUUUAUUUAUUUAUUUAUUUGUUUGUUUAUUUAUUUAUUUAUGUAUGUAUGUAUUUAUUUAUGUAUGUAUGUCAAACCAAGGUGAAGUUUAAACUUGAUAGUGGCUGGUAGGGCUGAACGAUCUAUCGUUUUUGGGCCUAAAUUGCGAUUUCAAACAGCGCAAUCACGUGACCGCCAAAGUUGCGGUUGUAGCUGUUUUGAUUGAUCCAGGAUCAGUUGUGUAACUUUUUUUUUUUUUUUUUUUUUUACAUCCGGGGUGUUCCCCCUGUGUUAUGGCUGUGGCAAAAGCCAGCGCGGGGGAGGGGGGUGGGUUGUACUGUCUAGAGCAGAGCCCUACUCCACAGCUGACAGAGCUGCAUGUUCAGGUCAUUUUCCCUGUUUUAUGUUUAUGUUUCUGCCUUAGUAAUGCAGGGAAAACUGUGCUUUUUUUUUUUGUUAUUUAAUACAUUUAAAAGCUAUUUCUACCUACAGAUUUCCUCCAUGCAUUUUUGGAGUAGAACAGGAGAUAAAAAUCACAAGCACAAGUUGCUUCACAAACACAAAUAUAUAUAUAUAUAUAUAUAUAAAAUAAUGGGAGAAAAUAUUAAUAUAUAUAACUGUUUUUAUUGUAUGAUUAAAUGGUAAAUAUUAAUGUGAAUGAUUUGUUGUACUAGAUUAGAAUCUAAACCAUCUUUUCACUUAAAGGCACAGUCUGCAACAUUUCAAUGUAGAAUAACUUUAAAAAUGUUUGAUUUUGACCAUCUGACCCAAUUUUAUUUAAAAAAGUAAAUAAUCUUUAAUAUUUCAAUUUUCUCCUAAGUCCCUCCCCUGCCCUGUAGAGCUCAGCCAAUAUUUCUGCAAGCCUAACGCGUUGACCAAUAGCGCUGCGUUUCCACCAGGGGGCAGCUGUCAAUCAUCGAGCACGAGCAUUAGAUCUCAGCAUGCACAACAGUGUCACGCGCCUUACUCGGCUUACUGCAGAAACAUGGAGCAACAAAACCCCAAAUUACCAAUUCCUCGACUGCCUUCCACAUCUCAGAAAACAUUUAAAAAGUUUAAAAGCCCUUCUUCAAAAGUGUCUGUAAGACGUUUGAGACAUUUGAGUAGAAUUUACAUUGGAGAUUGUUUUACACACGAUGGAGAGAUUUUCGUGAUCUACACGGCCUGAAAACGGAUGAAGAGUUGGCAAAGUAUCUUUUAGACAGUCAUCAGUCCAAAUAUGAAGCAUCAACAUAUACACCAUUGCAGCGCCAACUGUGUAUUUCUCCAACACCAGUGCCAGCUUUGUCUGGCAUUCAUGGAGAAUCAUCUGAAAGGGAUGAUAAUUUGGAGGAGGUGAUGGAACAAGGUGAAACUAAAAAAGAAGGAUCUUCACAAAUGUUAUCUUGUGUGGGAAUUGAAGCAAACAUUGACGAGGAAGAGUUCAACAAUAUUCAAAACUCUGUGUAAGUAUUCAGAUGUUAAUAAAACGUGUCUAAUUUUCCAUACUACAAACUUUAUAUUGUGUAUAUUCAGGAUAGAGUCAUCACAUGGUCACCAAACAGAGAAACGGAAGUUGAUUCAUCUUCAGAGGAGGACGAAACCAUCGAGAUGGACAGCGGUUCUGAUGACAGCGGUGAUGAGGACUACACACCUUAUAUACACAUAAGGUAAUUCCUUUCGUUUAACAUUCUAUAAAACUGCAAUAGCGCAUAGUUAAUAAAAAGCUUUUGUUCACAGGACUGGAGCAGCAUUACAAUAAACAUUACAACUUGAGACUCUGCAAGAAAUUAACAUAGAGGAUACAGUUCAUGACUGUAAUAUCCCAGAAGCAACUGACCGACGUUUGACAAGCAAGAAAGGUCUUCCUCGACGCUACAAGCUAAGGCCUGAGGGUCCAAGGCGUUAUGGUUUGCUGUCCGGAGUUCCUGCACCAUCAACAGAGGAACUUCUACAACACCUACGGACUUGCGGUGAUGGUAAAACUUUGCCACAGACAUAGGUGUUGGGGGAGGCAAGAGAAAACCCAAAACCUUCUUUAUUUUUGUUUCCUGUGUUUUUUUUUUUUUGAAAAUAAAGAUAUAUUUUGGGGAAAUAAGGACUAAUAAUUUAAAAAUUUAUGUAAAAUGUUGGAGGUAGACAUAAUUUUUUUGUUGUUGUGCAGGAGUUUUAAAAUUUAUGGUAUUUUUACAAAUGCAACACAAAGUUGUGCUUUAGAACACUUUAUUAGAGCAUCAAACAAAAAAUAUAUAAAAACAAACUUAUGUAAAAUAUAAAAUAUAUACAUUUAUUUACAAUCGUCUUGGAAUAAAACCAGUGUAGUUACCAUUGGGGUCAGGGAAUUUUGCAGAAUAAACUCCUCCAUGUGUGGUACAGUUGAAAUACAUGUCUGGGGAGGCUGUUGGCAGCAUUUCUUUUCCAAAUCAGUUGGCAUAUCUCUGCAGUGGGAGCAUACACACCAUGAAGGUUGAUUGGGUGUUGGAGGUGUUGUGGCAGGUGGACCAGAGAGGGCAAGUACAUCAAAGAGAACACCAGUGUCUGUCCAGCACCAUGGUAAGGAUGUCAAUAGCCUGCUGAGGGUUCAGGUUCUGUAUGUGUUGCUACAAAAGUGGAAAGAGAUGCUACAGCAACAGUUUUUAGGAUAAUUUAGUGUAAUGUUGUUAUGCUUACACGUUCAAAGUCUAUUCGCUCGGAACAAAGAUUCCGAACUCGAGAGAGAUCUUCAUCUCCCAAGGUCCACAGCUGAGUGUCUCACACUUCUUCGGCCUCUGGAUGCACCGCGGCCUCUAGACACCACGGCCUCUGGAUGCACCACGGCUUUGAGAUGAUGGUGGGCAUCUCCUUUUUGCACCACGUUUUGAGGAUGCAAUAGGAGGUUCAAACUUCCUCAGAGGAUUCCUCAAUCACUGAACUCUAAAUUGUAUUAGAAUAAAAAAAUAUACUAAUAUAAAAAGUACUCAUGCAUAUUAAUCAAUUUUGACACAGAUCAGGUUUACAUCUAGUCAAAAUUUGGGCUAAACUAACAAUAAACAGAAACCCUAUGAAAACAACCAUGAUUAUAGGAGGACUACACAGAAUGCAGUGUUUAUUCAUGAUUUCCACAUAAAUUAUUUAUAUGCUUUGAUAUAUUCAUCCCAUCUUGAAUGGCAAAGCAAUUAAAAAUAAGCUAGUUACUUGUAAUAAAAUGCUAACAAUUUGAUAGGAUUAAUUUUAUUUACAAUAUAGAUUGCCAACUGUUACUGGUAUUUUAAAAUAUAAAUAUAUUUAUAGAUAUUCUUUAUAAAAUGCCUUUUGUAAACAGUAAGUGUUUAAUGUGCUGGUUAAAUACAACUUUCUUACCUCAGAUAACUCCAUUGCUAACACUAGCUCAGCUCUAUUACAAGAAGCAAUGCUCCGAUGUUGACUCUGCUUUUCCUGCGCGUGCACAUUGGGAGGCGUGGCUUUCGGCUCUUUCAGGAAGGGCGGGGGAGUGAGCGACAGCCGUUCGAAUUUAAAAAUCUCCUCCUCCUCACCCUGACGGCGUCAUCCUGCGGACUGUGCCUUUAAUCUACAGGAUGGCUUGGCAGGCUAAUGUUGGACCUUUGUUUGCAGAAAAUUGUGAAUUGAACCGAAAACACAAUUUCUGCUAGAAAAAUGGCGAUUCAAUCUUUUCCUAAAAUCAUUCAGCCCUAGUGGCUGGAGUGAAUUUUAAGCCUUUGACCAUACAUUACUAUGCACGCUUAGCCCUACCCCCUUCUGAGACGAAACAGAUAUUUUUUUAACAUAACAAAACAAAAUAAAUGUUAAAAAAAAAAAAAAAAAUUUCUGUUUUGAUGUUAAAAACUUGCACUAAGUAGUAUUCAAAUUUGGCAGUAGCUAAACCAUUUCACUUGUUCCUUGAAGAAUGGGACCUUACUUGUAUUACAUCCACAGUAGAGCAAGCCUUUCCCACAAGUUUUCUUGGCCUCACCAUUCACUGUGGUACAAAUCUAGUUACAGCACAAAUUGUUUGUGUUGAAAUCCCCACAGGAGUCUAUCAUUUCACAAGCAUCAGAAGAACCGACAGGCGCUAUUAUCUCUAUCUGACCACUAUUUCUGAGUCCUACUACAUUCUUCUCCACCAGCUGAGCAGAUCAAGGCCAUAUAGCUGCACAAACGUUAGGCGGAGGCAGCUGCAGUGUAGGUUUACACAGCCCAGUAUCAGAGAAGAGACAUGACUCCACUUUAUUGUGUAUCACUUUGUUGUCACUGUCUUGAUUUGCAUUGACAUUUUCUUAGCCACAUAUGAACUCUGGCCCCCAGCGUGUGAGUCUUUAAUUGUGAAGAGACAGGGACCGAAUGAAAAACGAUCUGCAGUCGUCAGGCCCGUCAGUGAGAGCUCUUGUGUUCCUUUGGGAGCUCGCAGUUUUUUCCAGUAAAAGGACCUAACUGCCUCGUCUUUCAAUGGCACCAUUCAGGGGGAAGAAUCAAACAGUGAGAGGCAUAAAGAAUAAAAAUGGGGAGAAAGGGAAAGAGUUGUUGGAUUUGUGUCAGAAAUGGUCUUUGUUUCACUACGCUGUAACUCCACCACUCACAUAUAAGCACACCCGUUGACCCUGUACUUCUUUGCCAUUGUUGUCGUGUCAUGCAGAAAAGAGGACACCACUGUCACUUCUCAUUAAGGUUGAAAACUAAACUGACAAGCCCUCAAGAUGCUCCUACAUUUUUAACUGUGUGUGUUUGUGUGUGUGUGUGUUUAACCUUGAGGAUGUACGCUUUCAUGCUGUCUGACAAGACAGUUAAAAAUCCUAAUUAAUUAGUUAUUUGAACCUAGAAGCAGUGGAAAGCUAUGAUUAUGUUCUCAGCUGUAUAUUCUCACAUAUAUAAAUAAAAAUGCUUAGUGACAUGGUGAGUUUCAAGUCUUUGUGCUUAGUGGAAUGAAUUUUCUCUUCAUUAGAAGUCCGAUUGUUUAAUGUUAAAAUGUCAUUGAGCAGAGCCAUGUGCUGAACUUGUUCUGUGAUACCUCCUGAAGGCGACAAAACAUGGCUGAUGAACACAUGACAGUUACAUUUAACAGGAAUUAUAUAAUGGAGGAAAUUCCGUCUUUCUUUUUCUUAAGUAAAGAGUUGUGCCAGAUCUCCUUCUUAGCAUAAAUGCUGUCUUUUGGCUCAGUUCUAUUCCUGCACUGAUAGAAUAAUCUGUUUUAAGCAAUGUGCAUGAACAAAUACGCUUUAGAAGUAUAUUUUGAUUGAAGCUUAGCCCUUGUCUGACCCUUGCUUAUCUGGUCACUGGGAAUAAAGAGAUAAUCUUUUAAUUCUUUGCACUGCUGGAAGUUUGGACAGUGGCUUGUUGAGUUUAUGUGAAAAAUGUGCAUAUCCUGAGAGACUGAGCUGGUCCGGGGUUGUGAGAGAUCACUUUAAGGACUUGAGAGGAAGUAGUUAACCCUCACUCAACAGGCUGACCUUUAAAGAAGGCAGUCAGAGAGAUCUCCUUUGGGAAAUCAGUAAACAGUCAAAUGAUAAUCAUUAGAUUACUUUCCCUAAAUAUCACACACAAUCUUUUCCUCCCAUUUAAAAAUCAUUUGAUGGCUCUGGCUUUUUGCUGCCAUUUUUAGCCUUACUAUAAACCAUAUUUAUAUGUCGAUGCUAUAAACGCAUAACUUCCGCAGGAAAGUCACAACUCUUCUCCCAGUUGUCUGACACAUCUUCUCCUCUCCCUGCUGGAGACCUUCAUUUCCUGGGGCCUCAUCAUUAUUUAACUUCAUUAGUCUGUCACUGCUCUGAUUUGGUUACAGGAAGAACCUUGAAACAACCUGCAGCCUUUAUUCACAUAGUCUUGAACACACUAUCACCCAUUCUUUUUAAUAGUUUUACUGGAAAUAAAAACCAGUAAAAAAAAUAAAUAAAUAAAAAAUAAGCUGUACUGAGUUGCAAUGAUUUUCUAUAAAUGAAACCUUUUUUUAAAUGUUACUUUACUCUGCUUCAUAUCAAUGUCUACAUAUUUUCAUUCACUUAUUUCUGCUAAAAUAAGUAGAUAAAAUGAUCAUUUAUCCAUUCACACACACAUUCACACAUUGAAGGUGAUGAGCUACAAUGUAGCCAUAGCUGCCCUGGGGCACACUGACAGAGACGAGGUUGCCAAGCACAGGGCUGCCACCAGCAGGCAAGGUGGAUUUAAGUAUCUUGCCCAAGGACACAACAGCAGCAUUCUCUGUCUGGAGCUAGGAUCAAACCUGCAACCUUCCGAUUACUGGACUACCCACUCAUCCUCCUGAGCUACUGUUGCCCUAAUAACUCAUGGUUUGACUUUUUGACCCUUACUCAUGUGCCUUUUCUUGCUCAAGGUUAAGCGUAAAUAUCUGUAUUGUGUUUAAUACCAAUUAGGGCUGUCGCGGUUGAGGAAUUCCCCCUGCGGUGAUUCAGGGUGGCUUAAUAUUGCGGUGUGCGAUAUUAUUGCAGCCCUUUUUUUAUUGCAGUACUAUCUAAACAUAAUGUUUACACAUUUAAAAAAGGUUAAAAAUUGCCGUGCCUUCUUUAAUAACACUUUACUGAAUGCAGAUCAAAGGGCAGUAACAACACAGAUCGCAGUAACGUUUGUUUCUCCGACAGUCGGAGUCCGACUGAACUUAAAAACAACAAAAUUCAGGAUAAGGUUAAACUUUUAAUUGCAAAUUUGGCUGCAGCAUCUAACAAAUAAUAAACAAGUCCCCAUUUUGUUUAGUUGUUUAAAAUCAAGCAUAAAAAAUUACAUGUACCGGGCGCGCGCGCGCCGGGGGGCGGGCGCACUAUCAUUUCACUUUCACACACACACGAAUGACGGUGAUUUAUAGCUCAGUCACGUCCUUGUUACCCACAAGGAAAACCAGCAUGUUAACCAUAUACGGUUUGAGAGAGGAUCUGAGAGGGGUGGCAACAUUUCCAGCAACACUGAAAACCCUCUCAGAUGGUGCGCUCGUUGCACUAACGCACACGUACCUGCGUACGACUGGCGAGCAAAGGGAAUCUCUCCCGGUUGUUGCUCCACCAUGUCGGGGGGGUUUCUUUAGGGUGGAUGCAUUCCUCCUGCAGGUAGCGAGUGAGCUCCAGCUCAGCUCAAACUCUCUUCAGGACGGUUGCAGAAGCCGUGCUUGUCCGGGACUUCAGCAGGUCUCCGAGCGUUUUUUUUUUUUUUUUUUGCCGCUGGUGGCAGCUCUGUCUCGGCCAAGGACUCUGGCUGCGCAGCAGCUGACGUACUGAAAACCAAAGUGCUCCCAAAGGAGCGAAGUAACGUUUCGUUUUGAUACCAGUGGAACCAUCCUUCUCAACAUGCAUCAUUGAGUUGAACCAAGUUCAGUAAUCGCGGUGGCCCAUGAUGCAGCGCGGUGGGCUUCUUCAUAUUGCGAUAUUUCAUUUUUGCGGUUACCGCGACAGCCCUAAUACCAAUAGGGUUUAGAUCAGCUAUCAUGGCAGCACUUUGAAACAGGGAAGUGACUAACUUGGCUCUGUUUCAUUAUGCAGUAAAUGUUCUAAAUGGCACUUCUGCUAGUCAGUCAUCAAUUGUUUUGUUGUAAUGUUCUAGAUCAGGGGUGUCGAACUCAAAUUCACACGGGGCCGAAAUGAAAAUCUGGGACGAAGUCACGGGCCAAACUUAAUAUUUUUUGAAAAAGUGACGGCAAAUUUGCACAUUUUCUUUAUCAACAGAUAUGCAAUUUUGAACCUUUUAAUUUGGAAACAAACUUAUUUUUGCAUUAGCACUGAAUGUGGAAUAACCAAAUUACACAUGGGCAAGUCAAUUUUAAAUACAAAGCAUCAGCGGUAUUCAUUACUUGUGCUAUAUUCAGCAUUUUUCAAAUCUAUUCAGGAUUUAUGUUUUCUUGUUGUUUAUUCAUUUUUCUUAUUUUUUAUUCUCCUUUUUUUCUCCUGUAAUAAGUGUCAUCGCUGCUGUGACAUCUAGCUUUCCCCACUGAGGAACAAUAAAGGGAUUUUCUAUUCUAUUCAUCUA